AUGGAGAUUGCCAAAAUCACAACUCCCAAGGAUUGGGUCUAUUUUGCCAAGGGAUCUGCAAACAUAUUGUUCAAGUAUAUUGGAAGCCAUGAUUUUCUCAAGGACAAACUAUUACGCAUUCGUUUGGCCAAAGAAACAGCUGAAUACAUCAGUACUUGCGAACUUUACGAUUUUGUUGAACUAAAAUGCAAACCUCUCUUUGCAGAUAGUUUUAUCGAUGCUCAACUCAUCGUUCUAGAGCAGCAAUUCCUCGCUCAGCUCGAUCUGAGGGGAAACAAAAUUAUGACCCUGGAAAGGUACGGCUUGCUUACUCCCAAUGUCCUCAAUGGUGACUAUAUUCGACAUCUGCUUUCCAAACACUGCCAGCUUUAUAUAGGGACACAAGAACCAUUACAACAGGUGAUAUUCGAGAUCAAGCCAAAAUGGUUAUACGAUAAUAACCAGACCAAUUAUUGUCGAACAUGUCUGCUAAAUCAACUUCGCGAUCACCCACGUCAUUUUUGCCCUUUGGACUUGCUAUAUGAGGAUACCAUCAACAAAGGGUUGAGUGAUCUCUUUUCUCCCAUUCCAGACGAGGUAUUAAGCCAACUUGACAGGGAAAAGUUUCCCGUGAAAAAAUUAUUCGAGGCAUUUCUCAGAAAGCCAGAUAAUGUUUUCUUGAAACUAAAAUGUUAUCAGAAGACCAAUGAUCCAAGUGCUGAAUUGAUGCAAUUGCAACUGAGUAAAGAUGUUUCAAUCGAUUUGAGUUUGAUCAUGACGCUUCGAGAUGUUGGUGUGUUCAUCAAAUUUGAACGGUAUAACAAUGAAAGUGGUCUGCAAAAUCCCAAACACAUGGGUGACAAUAUAGUCAGCAUGGAUGAAUAUGGAAAGUUUCUCAUAACAUGCAACAUUUAUGACCUAGACUUGAAAUCUCAAAUGAAAUUCAAGUAUUGGCAAUCUAUCGAGGUUAAAUUGGGUCCUAUUUAUAAUUCUUCAAAUCCUAAUUGGAUCCCGUGUGUCAAGCAUAGCGAUUGA